CCUUCGACAUAAACAAAUAAGAUUGCAAAAGAGGACUUAAACUGAAAAGGGAUUGCCAAUGAUAUAAAUAUCUAAAUGGUUUUCCAUCAGCGUAUAUAUAUUUAAAGGAUAAUAUCAAAAGAAAUUAUUAUAAUAAUAUAUGAGUUAAGGGACUAAACAUGAAAGGAAAAAUAAUCACGAUGAUUACGGCAGUUGUUCUAAUAUUAUUUCUGACGACAGUUGGGGCUGAUGAGUGUGGAGAUAGAUGUACAUCAUCGCAAGUUUGUGGUGAAGAUGAUGGAAUAUGUUACGAUAAAUCAGAGCUUAUAACAUGCACUUUGUUUACAUCAAUAUUUACCUCUUACUACUGCAAGAAGGACCAAGCAUGUUGCAGUGAUGGCUGUAUGCCCGCCGGAAGCGUUUGUUGUUAUAACAGUUAUUGUGCAAGUAAUCAUACAUGUUGUUCAUUUGUCGGCUGCUGUCCUUCUGGAACAUUCUGUAGUGGCUUUAAAUGUAUUUCCGACAUCUUUUCAACGCAGAAACCUUCAACGGCUUCACUUCGAACAACUUCAUUUAGGACUACUUUAAAACCGUGGACUACUUUUAACCCAUGGACUACUUCAAAACCAGACUACCCAACGACUUAUAAGCCAGUAACAUUCUACCCUACAAGACGAUCCUAUAUUAACACAAUAAAACCAUCGGCAAUUGCGUUAAAACCCUGGCAAUAUGCAUCGAUUGUAUCAAGUGUGCUUGUUGCGAUAGUUGUGACGAUUACUGUUGUAUGCCUCAUACGGAGAAGUCACCGUAACAGAUCAAACGUGCAAGCUCAGCCUGGAAUGAUAUUGACUGCCCCUGCAGUUUAUGGACAGGCUGCAAUAAACAAUGGGACAAGCUAUGGUGUUCCAUCAGCAUAUACAAAUAGUCCUCCCAAUUGGACAAGCUAUGGUGUUCCACCAGCAUAUACAAAUACAUCUCCCAAUGGGACAAGCCAUGGUGUUCCACCAGCAUAUACAAAUAGUCCUCCCAUUGGGACAAGCCAUGGUGCUCCGGCAGCAUAUACAAAUACACCUCUCAAUGGAACAAGCCAUGGUGCUCCACAAGCAUUUACAAAUACACCUCCACAACAGCUUAAUACCCCUAACAUCGCAACAAAGCCAGUUGAAACUAAACCGGUUGCAACACCAUCGACACAAGUCAACACCAAAACAAAACAAGUAUUUUCAUUGUAACCAGACAUGCACUCCGGUUAUUCAUGAUUACGAAGAACCAAGUAAUAAUGCGUAAUUAGGAGCUUCAAAGAAAUUGUUGCAGAGACAUGUCACAUGUGCAAUCGUGAUAAAUUAGCUGAUCAGAGUGAAAACGAUUAUAAUCCUUGUGUCAAAAAUAUAGGAUGAAAAUAAACACACAUAUAUAAGUAUA